AUGUCCACAGGCCGCCUGGUCGCAAUAACGCACUGUUUGGUCUUCAUCUCCAUCAAGCUCCCAAGUCUACUAUUUCAGCCAGUUCCGGCCUUCGCCUUGCGAUGCGGGAUCGCUUUCGUACUCCAUAUUCUGGCUUACUGGGCGCUUGCCAUCGCGGCUGAGGGAACUAAAACUUCGACAAUACAGGCAAAGACCGUCACUGAAUAUGAGAAGCGCAAAGGUGCGAGAGAUGUGGUGCCAGACGUAAAACAGAUCGGCUGGAUAGCGGCAGUCUAUUCUCUAGUCCUACCAUACUUGAGCCCGGGACUGCAUCCAUGGACUGAGUUGGUGGUGCGUGUGUCGUGCUUCUUUUUGGCUUGCAAGGUCGUGGAUUUGGUUGCGUUGAAAGCACAAAAGCCGCCACUGUUGCUUUCAGAGGGUGAUAUGAAGGACUGGAAAAGGAAAGUGGAAUAUGUUGGCCGGCUCUUCACGGAAGCAAGGUAUGCUUCAUUCGAUAUCGCGAUUGAUGACAAGCCGAAGCGAAAACUCUGGCGUGAGAAACAUUCAGCAAGGUACGAAAUCUUCUGGAUCUGGGGACCGCGAAUCAUCAUUCCGAUCGCGGCGUUGCUCUUUCCGGUUGCGGAACUGCAAAUAUUACUGGUUCUCGUCAUCAUUAGUUCGGGACUGGAGUUCGAGCAUGCGAUUGUACACCCGUACUGUCCGAAUUAUCUGUUCCUUGCUCCCUUCGCGGCUUCUGGUAUGGCGGAAUUUUGGGCCGUACAUUGGCAUCAGGGAGCGCAGAGCUGGCUGAUCUCCGUGGGGUUUCGGCCUUCGAAGUGGUCUGCUAUGGAAGUUCUGAGAUGUUCAAAAGACAUUGGAAACGCUGUUGGUGUGCUAGGAACCUUUGCACUGAGUGGAGUGUGGCAUGCGUGGUGUGCGGCAGUGUUGAGUGAACGUCCUUGGAUGGCUGGGACCAGCAUGUUCUUGGUCUUCGUAUCACAGGGUGUAGGAUGUUUAUUGGAAAGGAGGUUGUGGAAGAAUCGUGAUCCUAAUUGGGUCAUGAAGAUGAUAAGCUGGACUUUUGCGAUCGAGUGCGGAGCGUUGUGGCUGCGAUGUAUGGUUCCGACGCUCAAGGAGGGAGUGCUCUUGAUGAGUUUGCGCUGA